AUGCAAAUCUAUGUAUUGGAGACGCUAUUAGGCACGACCAUCACUGUUGAGGUUGACAGCUCAGAUACUAUUGGUAAGGUGAAGGACAAGAUUGAAUCGACGGAGGGCUUCUCCAAGCAUCAACAGUGCCUCCUCUUUGACAACAAACAGCUAGAGGACAACAGCACCUUGGCGGACCACAACAUUUGCAAGGAAGACACCGUUCUCCUUGUCCUCCACUCGUCUCCAAGAGGUACAAUGCAGAUCUUUGCGAAGACGAUGACUGGAAAGAUCCUAACUCUAGAGGUGAACAGCACAGACACCAUCGGCAAUGUCAAGAUGAUGAUCUAUAAGAAGGAUGGCAUUCCGCCUAAACAGCAACGCCUCAUCUUUGCUGGCAAGCAGCUGGAUGAUGACCGCACUCUUGGAGACUAUGGCAUUCAGAAGGAGGCGACCAUCCAUGUGGUGCUCUGCCUGUGUGGUUGUUGA